AUGGGUGGCAUGCAUACCUCAACACCCUGUCCCUCCAUUCCUUCCUUCCCUACCUGCACAUACCACUCUGCACCCACCUGUCCUUCCAGCUCCUCAACGCGCCUCUCCAGGUGCACGCACUGCUUCAGCACAGCGCCAUGGCAUGGGUGGUACCCCUUCCCCAAAACCCUGCCCACCCAUUCCUCCCUACCUGCACAUACCACUCUGCACCCACCUGUCCUUCCAGCUCCUCAACGCGCCUCUCCAGGUGCACGCACUGCUUCAGCACAGCGCCAUGGCAUGGGUGGUACCCCUUCCCCAAAACCCCGCCCACCCAUUCCUCCCUACCUGCACAUACCACUCUGCACCCACCUGUCCUUCCAGCUCCUCAACGCGCCUCUCAAGGUGCACGCACUGCUUCAGCACAGCGCCAUGGCAUGGGUGGUACCCCUUCCCCAAAACCCCGCCCACCCAUUCCUCCCUACCUGCACAUACCACUCUGCACCCACCUGUCCUUCCAGCUCCUCAACGCGCCUCUCCAGGUGCACGCACUGCUUCAGCACAGCGCCAUGGCAUGGGUGGUACCCCUUCCCCAAAACCCCGCCCACCCAUUCCUCCCUACCUGCACAUACCACUCUGCACCCACCUGUCCUUCCAGCUCCUCAACGCGCCUCUCAAGGUGCACGCACUGCUUCAGCACAGCGCCAUGGCAUGGGUGGUACCCCUUCCCCAAAACCCCGCCCACCCAUUCCUCCCUACCUGCACAUACCACUCUGCACCCACCUGUCCUUCCAGCUCCUCAACGCGCCUCUCCAGGUGCACGCACUGCUUCAGCACAGCGCCAUGGCAUGGGUGGUACCCCUUCCCCAAAACCCCGCCCACCCAUUCCUCCCUACCUGCACAUACCACUCUGCACCCACCUGUCCUUCCAGCUCCUCAACGCGCCUCUCAAGGUGCACGCACUGCUUCAGCACAGCGCCAUGGCAUGGGUGGUACCCCUUCCCCAAAACCCCGCCCACCCAUUCCUCCCUACCUGCACAUACCACUCUGCACCCACCUGUCCUUCCAGCUCCUCAACGCGCCUCUCCAGGUGCACGCACUGCUUCAGCACAGCGCCAUGGCAUGGGUGGUACCCCUUCCCCAAAACCCCGCCCACCCAUUCCUCCCUACCUGCACAUACCACUCUGCACCCACCUGUCCUUCCAGCUCCUCAACGCGCCUCUCCAGGUGCACGCACUGCUUCAGCACAGCGCCAUGGCAUGGGUGGUACCCCUUCCCCAAAACCCCGCCCACCCAUUCCUCCCUACCUGCACAUACCACUCUGCACCCACCUGUCCUUCCAGCUCCUCAACGCGCCUCUCCAGGUGCACGCACUGCUUCAGCACAGCGCCAUGGCAUGGGUGGUACCCCUUCCCCAAAACCCCGCCCACCCAUUCCUCCCUACCUGCACAUACCACUCUGCACCCACCUGUCCUUCCAGCUCCUCAACGCGCCUCUCCAGGUGCACGCACUGCUUCAGCACAGCGCCAUGGCAUGGGUGGUACCCCUUCCCCAAAACCCUGCCCACCCAUUCCUCCCUACCUGCACAUACCACUCUGCACCCACCUGUCCUUCCAGCUCCUCAACGCGCCUCUCCAGGUGCACGCACUGCUUCAGCACAGCGCCAUGGCAUGGGUGGUACCCCUUCCCCAAAACCCCGCCCACCCAUUCCUCCCUACCUGCACAUACCACUCUGCACCCACCUGUCCUUCCAGCUCCUCAACGCGCCUCUCAAGGUGCACGCACUGCUUCAGCACAGCGCCAUGGCAUGGGUGGUACCCCUUCCCCAAAACCCCGCCCACCCAUUCCUCCCUACCUGCACAUACCACUCUGCACCCACCUGUCCUUCCAGCUCCUCAACGCGCCUCUCCAGGUGCACGCACUGCUUCAGCACAGCGCCAUGGCAUGGGUGGUACCCCUUCCCCAAAACCCCGCCCACCCAUUCCUCCCUACCUGCACAUACCACUCUGCACCCACCUGUCCUUCCAGCUCCUCAACGCGCCUCUCAAGGUGCACGCACUGCUUCAGCACAGCGCCAUGGCAUGGGUGGUACCCCUUCCCCAAAACCCCGCCCACCCAUUCCUCCCUACCUGCACAUACCACUCUGCACCCACCUGUCCUUCCAGCUCCUCAACGCGCCUCUCCAGGUGCACGCACUGCUUCAGCACAGCGCCAUGGCAUGGGUGGUACCCCUUCCCCAAAACCCCGCCCACCCAUUCCUCCCUACCUGCACAUACCACUCUGCACCCACCUGUCCUUCCAGCUCCUCAACGCGCCUCUCAAGGUGCACGCACUGCUUCAGCACAGCGCCAUGGCAUGGGUGGUACCCCUUCCCCAAAACCCCGCCCACCCAUUCCUCCCUACCUGCACAUACCACUCUGCACCCACCUGUCCUUCCAGCUCCUCAACGCGCCUCUCCAGGUGCACGCACUGCUUCAGCACAGCGCCAUGGCAUGGGUGGUACCCCUUCCCCAAAACCCCGCCCACCCAUUCCUCCCUACCUGCACAUACCACUCUGCACCCACCUGUCCUUCCAGCUCCUCAACGCGCCUCUCCAGGUGCACGCACUGCUUCAGCACAGCGCCAUGGCAUGGGUGGUACCCCUUCCCCAAAACCCCGCCCACCCAUUCCUCCCUACCUGCACAUACCACUCUCCACCCACCUGUCCUUCCAGCUCCUCAACGCGCCUCUCCAGGUGCACGCACUGCUUCAGCACAGCGCCAUGGCAUGGGUGGUACCCCUUCCCCAAAACCCCGCCCACCCAUUCCUCCCUACCUGCACAUACCACUCUGCACCCACCUGUCCUUCCAGCUCCUCAACGCGCCUCUCCAGGUGCACGCACUGCUUCAGCACAGCGCCAUGGCAUGGGUGGUACCCCUUCCCCAAAACCCCGCCCACCCAUUCCUCCCUACCUGCACAUACCACUCUGCACCCACCUGUCCUUCCAGCUCCUCAACGCGCCUCUCCAGGUGCACGCACUGCUUCAGCACAGCGCCAUGGCAUGGGUGGUACCCCUUCCCCAAAACCCCGCCCACCCAUUCCUCCCUACCUGCACAUACCACUCUGCACCCACCUGUCCUUCCAGCUCCUCAACGCGCCUCUCCAGGUGCACGCACUGCUUCAGCACAGCGCCAUGGCAUGGGUGGUACCCCUUCCCCAAAACCCCGCCCACCCAUUCCUCCCUACCUGCACAUACCACUCUGCACCCACCUGUCCUUCCAGCUCCUCAACGCGCCUCUCCAGGUGCACGCACUGCUUCAGCACAGCGCCAUGGCAUGGGUGGUACCCCUUCCCCAAAACCCCGCCCACCCAUUCCUCCCUACCUGCACAUACCACUCUGCACCCACCUGUCCUUCCAGCUCCUCAACGCGCCUCUCCAGGUGCACGCACUGCUUCAGCACAGCGCCAUGGCAUGGGUGGUACCCCUUCCCCAAAACCCCGCCCACCCAUUCCUCCCUACCUGCACAUACCACUCUGCACCCACCUGUCCUUCCAGCUCCUCAACGUGCCUCUCCAGGUGCACGCACUGCUUCAGCACAGCGCCAUGGCAUGGGUGGUACCCCUUCCUUAAAACCCCGCCCACCCAUUCCUCCCUACCUGCACAUACCACUCUGCACCCACCUGUCCUUCCAGCUCCUCAACGCGCCUCUCCAGGUGCACGCACUGCUUCAGCACAGCGCCAUGGCAUGGGUGGUACCCCUUCCCCAAAACCCCGCCCACCCAUUCCUCCCUACCUGCACAUACCACUCUGCACCCACCUGUCCUUCCAGCUCCUCAACGCGCCUCUCCAGGUGCACGCACUGCUUCAGCACAGCGCCAUGGCAUGGGUGGUACCCCUUCCCCAAAACCCCGCCCACCCAUUCCUCCCUACCUGCACAUACCACUCUGCACCCACCUGUCCUUCCAGCUCCUCAACGCGCCUCUCCAGGUGCACGCACUGCUUCAGCACAGCGCCAUGGCAUGGGUGGUACCCCUUCCCCAAAACCCCGCCCACCCAUUCCUCCCUACCUGCACAUACCACUCUGCACCCACCUGUCCUUCCAGCUCCUCAACGCGCCUCUCCAGGUGCACGCACUGCUUCAGCACAGCGCCAUGGCAUGGGUGGUACCCCUUCCCCAAAACCCCGCCCACCCAUUCCUCCCUACCUGCACAUACCACUCUGCACCCACCUGUCCUUCCAGCUCCUCAACGCGCCUCUCCAGGUGCACGCACUGCUUCAGCACAGCGCCAUGGCAUGGGUGGUACCCCUUCCCCAAAACCCCGCCCACCCAUUCCUCCCUACCUGCACAUACCACUCUGCACCCACCUGUCCUUCCAGCUCCUCAACGCGCCUCUCCAGGUGCACGCACUGCUUCAGCACAGCGCCAUGGCAUGGGUGGUACCCCUUCCCCAAAACCCCGCCCACCCAUUCCUCCCUACCUGCACAUACCACUCUGCACCCACCUGUCCUUCCAGCUCCUCAACGCGCCUCUCCAGGUGCACGCACUGCUUCAGCACAGCGCCAUGGCAUGGGUGGUACCCCUUCCCCAAAACCCCGCCCACCCAUUCCUCCCUACCUGCACAUACCACUCUGCACCCACCUGUCCUUCCAGCUCCUCAACGCGCCUCUCCAGGUGCACGCACUGCUUCAGCACAGCGCCAUGGCAUGGGUGGUACCCCUUCCCCAAAACCCCGCCCACCCAUUCCUCCCUACCUGCACAUACCACUCUGCACCCACCUGUCCUUCCAGCUCCUCAACGCGCCUCUCCAGGUGCACGCACUGCUUCAGCACAGCGCCAUGGCAUGGGUGGUACCCCUUCCCCAAAACCCCGCCCACCCAUUCCUCCCUACCUGCACAUACCACUCUGCACCCACCUGUCCUUCCAGCUCCUCAACGCGCCUCUCAAGGUGCACGCACUGCUUCAGCACAGCGCCAUGGCAUGGGUGGUACCCCUUCCCCAAAACCCCGCCCACCCAUUCCUCCCUACCUGCACAUACCACUCUGCACCCACCUGUCCUUCCAGCUCCUCAACGCGCCUCUCCAGGUGCACGCACUGCUUCAGCACAGCGCCAUGGCAUGGGUGGUACCCCUUCCCCAAAACCCCGCCCACCCAUUCCUCCCUACCUGCACAUACCACUCUGCACCCACCUGUCCUUCCAGCUCCUCAACGCGCCUCUCCAGGUGCACGCACUGCUUCAGCACAGCGCCAUGGCAUGGGUGGUACCCCUUCCCCAAAACCCCGCCCACCCAUUCCUCCCUACCUGCACAUACCACUCUGCACCCACCUGUCCUUCCAGCUCCUCAACGCGCCUCUCCAGGUGCACGCACUGCUUCAGCACAGCGCCAUGGCAUGGGUGGUACCCCUUCCCCAAAACCCCGCCCACCCAUUCCUCCCUACCUGCACAUACCACUCUGCACCCACCUGUCCUUCCAGCUCCUCAACGCGCCUCUCCAGGUGCACGCACUGCUUCAGCACAGCGCCAUGGCAUGGGUGGUACCCCUUCCCCAAAACCCCGCCCACCCAUUCCUCCCUACCUGCACAUACCACUCUGCACCCACCUGUCCUUCCAGCUCCUCAACGCGCCUCUCAAGGUGCACGCACUGCUUCAGCACAGCGCCAUGGCAUGGGUGGUACCCCUUCCCCAAAACCCCGCCCACCCAUUCCUCCCUACCUGCACAUACCACUCUGCACCCACCUGUCCUUCCAGCUCCUCAACGCGCCUCUCAAGGUGCACGCACUGCUUCAGCACAGCGCCAUGGCAUGGGUGGUACCCCUUCCCCAAAACCCCGCCCACCCAUUCCUCCCUACCUGCACAUACCACUCUGCACCCACCUGUCCUUCCAGCUCCUCAACGCGCCUCUCAAGGUGCACGCACUGCUUCAGCACAGCGCCAUGGCAUGGGUGGUACCCCUUCCCCAAAACCCCGCCCACCCAUUCCUCCCUACCUGCACAUACCACUCUGCACCCACCUGUCCUUCCAGCUCCUCAACGCGCCUCUCAAGGUGCACGCACUGCUUCAGCACAGCGCCAUGGCAUGGGUGGUACCCCUUCCCCAAAACCCCGCCCACCCAUUCCUCCCUACCUGCACAUACCACUCUGCACCCACCUGUCCUUCCAGCUCCUCAACGCGCCUCUCCAGGUGCACGCACUGCUUCAGCACAGCGCCAUGGCAUGGGUGGUACCCCUUCCCCAAAACCCCGCCCACCCAUUCCUCCCUACCUGCACAUACCACUCUGCACCCACCUGUCCUUCCAGCUCCUCAACGCGCCUCUCAAGGUGCACGCACUGCUUCAGCACAGCGCCAUGGCAUGGGUGGUACCCCUUCCCCAAAACCCCGCCCACCCAUUCCUCCCUACCUGCACAUACCACUCUGCACCCACCUGUCCUUCCAGCUCCUCAACGCGCCUCUCAAGGUGCACGCACUGCUUCAGCACAGCGCCAUGGCAUGGGUGGUACCCCUUCCCCAAAACCCCGCCCACCCAUUCCUCCCUACCUGCACAUACCACUCUGCACCCACCUGUCCUUCCAGCUCCUCAACGCGCCUCUCAAGGUGCACGCACUGCUUCAGCACAGCGCCAUGGCAUGGGUGGUACCCCUUCCCCAAAACCCCGCCCACCCAUUCCUCCCUACCUGCACAUACCACUCUGCACCCACCUGUCCUUCCAGCUCCUCAACGCGCCUCUCAAGGUGCACGCACUGCUUCAGCACAGCGCCAUGGCAUGGGUGGUACCCCUUCCCCAAAACCCCGCCCACCCAUUCCUCCCUACCUGCACAUACCACUCUGCACCCACCUGUCCUUCCAGCUCCUCAACGUGCCUCUCAAGGUGCACGCACUGCUUCAGCACAGCGCCAUGGCAUGGGUGGUACCCCUUCCCCAAAACCCCGCCCACCCAUUCCUCCCUACCUGCACAUACCACUCUGCACCCACCUGUCCUUCCAGCUCCUCAACGCGCCUCUCAAGGUGCACGCACUGCUUCAGCACAGCGCCAUGGCAUGGGUGGUACCCCUUCCCCAAAACCCCGCCCACCCAUUCCUCCCUACCUGCACAUACCACUCUGCACCCACCUGUCCUUCCAGCUCCUCAACGCGCCUCUCAAGGUGCACGCACUGCUUCAGCACAGCGCCAUGGCAUGGGUGGUACCCCUUCCCCAAAACCCCGCCCACCCAUUCCUCCCUACCUGCACAUACCACUCUGCACCCACCUGUCCUUCCAGCUCCUCAACGCGCCUCUCAAGGUGCACGCACUGCUUCAGCACAGCGCCAUGGCAUGGGUGGUACCCCUUCCCCAAAACCCCGCCCACCCAUUCCUCCCUACCUGCACAUACCACUCUGCACCCACCUGUCCUUCCAGCUCCUCAACGCGCCUCUCAAGGUGCACGCACUGCUUCAGCACAGCGCCAUGGCAUGGGUGGUACCCCUUCCCCAAAACCCCGCCCACCCAUUCCUCCCUACCUGCACAUACCACUCUGCACCCACCUGUCCUUCCAGCUCCUCAACGCGCCUCUCAAGGUGCACGCACUGCUUCAGCACAGCGCCAUGGCAUGGGUGGUACCCCUUCCCCAAAACCCCGCCCACCCAUUCCUCCCUACCUGCACAUACCACUCUGCACCCACCUGUCCUUCCAGCUCCUCAACGCGCCUCUCAAGGUGCACGCACUGCUUCAGCACAGCGCCAUGGCAUGGGUGGUACCCCUUCCCCAAAACCCCGCCCACCCAUUCCUCCCUACCUGCACAUACCACUCUGCACCCACCUGUCCUUCCAGCUCCUCAACGCGCCUCUCAAGGUGCACGCACUGCUUCAGCACAGCGCCAUGGCAUGGGUGGUACCCCUUCCCCAAAACCCCGCCCACCCAUUCCUCCCUACCUGCACAUACCACUCUGCACCCACCUGUCCUUCCAGCUCCUCAACGCGCCUCUCCAGGUGCACGCACUGCUUCAGCACAGCGCCAUGGCAUGGGUGGUACCCCUUCCCCAAAACCCCGCCCACCCAUUCCUCCCUACCUGCACAUACCACUCUGCACCCACCUGUCCUUCCAGCUCCUCAACGCGCCUCUCCAGGUGCACGCACUGCUUCAGCACAGCGCCAUGGCAUGGGUGGUACCCCUUCCCCAAAACCCCGCCCACCCAUUCCUCCCUACCUGCACAUACCACUCUGCACCCACCUGUCCUUCCAGCUCCUCAACGCGCCUCUCAAGGUGCACGCACUGCUUCAGCACAGCGCCAUGGCAUGGGUGGUACCCCUUCCCCAAAACCCCGCCCACCCAUUCCUCCCUACCUGCACAUACCACUCUGCACCCACCUGUCCUUCCAGCUCCUCAACGCGCCUCUCAAGGUGCACGCACUGCUUCAGCACAGCGCCAUGGCAUGGGUGGUACCCCUUCCCCAAAACCCCGCCCACCCAUUCCUCCCUACCUGCACAUACCACUCUGCACCCACCUGUCCUUCCAGCUCCUCAACGCGCCUCUGAAGGUGCACGCACUGCUUCAGCACAGCGCCAUGGCAUGGGUGGUACCCCUUCCCCAAAACCCCGCCCACCCAUUCCUCCCUACCUGCACAUACCACUCUGCACCCACCUGUCCUUCCAGCUCCUCAACGCGCCUCUCCAGGUGCACGCACUGCUUCAGCACAGCGCCAUGGCAUGGGUGGUACCCCUUCCCCAAAACCCCGCCCACCCAUUCCUCCCUACCUGCACAUACCACUCUGCACCCACCUGUCCUUCCAGCUCCUCAACGCGCCUCUCAAGGUGCACGCACUGCUUCAGCACAGCGCCAUGGCAUGGGUGGUACCCCUUCCCCAAAACCCCGCCCACCCAUUCCUCCCUACCUGCACAUACCACUCUGCACCCACCUGUCCUUCCAGCUCCUCAACGCGCCUCUCCAGGUGCACGCACUGCUUCAGCACAGCGCCAUGGCAUGGGUGGUACCCCUUCCCCAAAACCCCGCCCACCCAUUCCUCCCUACCUGCACAUACCACUCUGCACCCACCUGUCCUUCCAGCUCCUCAACGCGCCUCUCCAGGUGCACGCACUGCUUCAGCACAGCGCCAUGGCAUGGGUGGUACCCCUUCCCCAAAACCCCGCCCACCCAUUCCUCCCUACCUGCACAUACCACUCUGCACCCACCUGUCCUUCCAGCUCCUCAACGCGCCUCUCCAGGUGCACGCACUGCUUCAGCACAGCGCCAUGGCAUGGGUGGUACCCCUUCCCCAAAACCCCGCCCACCCAUUCCUCCCUACCUGCACAUACCACUCUGCACCCACCUGUCCUUCCAGCUCCUCAACGCGCCUCUCCAGGUGCACGCACUGCUUCAGCACAGCGCCAUGGCAUGGGUGGUACCCCUUCCCCAAAACCCCGCCCACCCAUUCCUCCCUACCUGCACAUACCACUCUGCACCCACCUGUCCUUCCAGCUCCUCAACGCGCCUCUCCAGGUGCACGCACUGCUUCAGCACAGCGCCAUGGCAUGGGUGGUACCCCUUCCCCAAAACCCCGCCCACCCAUUCCUCCCUACCUGCACAUACCACUCUGCACCCACCUGUCCUUCCAGCUCCUCAACGCGCCUCUCCAGGUGCACGCACUGCUUCAGCACAGCGCCAUGGCAUGGGUGGUACCCCUUCCCCAAAACCCCGCCCACCCAUUCCUCCCUACCUGCACAUACCACUCUGCACCCACCUGUCCUUCCAGCUCCUCAACGCGCCUCUCAAGGUGCACGCACUGCUUCAGCACAGCGCCAUGGCAUGGGUGGUACCCCUUCCCCAAAACCCCGCCCACCCAUUCCUCCCUACCUGCACAUACCACUCUGCACCCACCUGUCCUUCCAGCUCCUCAACGCGCCUCUCAAGGUGCACGCACUGCUUCAGCACAGCGCCAUGGCAUGGGUGGUACCCCUUCCCCAAAACCCCGCCCACCCAUUCCUCCCUACCUGCACAUACCACUCUGCACCCACCUGUCCUUCCAGCUCCUCAACGUGCCUCUCCAGGUGCACGCACUGCUUCAGCACAGCGCCAUGGCAUGGGUGGUACCCCUUCCCCAAAACCCCGCCCACCCAUUCCUCCCUACCUGCACAUACCACUCUGCACCCACCUGUCCUUCCAGCUCCUCAACGCGCCUCUCAAGGUGCACGCACUGCUUCAGCACAGCGCCAUGGCAUGGGUGGUACCCCUUCCCCAAAACCCCGCCCACCCAUUCCUCCCUACCUGCACAUACCACUCUGCACCCACCUGUCCUUCCAGCUCCUCAACGCGCCUCUCAAGGUGCACGCACUGCUUCAGCACAGCGCCAUGGCAUGGGUGGUACCCCUUCCCCAAAACCCCGCCCACCCAUUCCUCCCUACCUGCACAUACCACUCUGCACCCACCUGUCCUUCCAGCUCCUCAACGCGCCUCUCAAGGUGCACGCACUGCUUCAGCACAGCGCCAUGGCAUGGGUGGUACCCCUUCCCCAAAACCCCGCCCACCCAUUCCUCCCUACCUGCACAUACCACUCUGCACCCACCUGUCCUUCCAGCUCCUCAACGCGCCUCUCAAGGUGCACGCACUGCUUCAGCACAGCGCCAUGGCAUGGGUGGUACCCCUUCCCCAAAACCCCGCCCACCCAUUCCUCCCUACCUGCACAUACCACUCUGCACCCACCUGUCCUUCCAGCUCCUCAACGUGCCUCUCCAGGUGCACGCACUGCUUCAGCACAGCGCCAUGGCAUGGGUGGUACCCCUUCCCCAAAACCCCGCCCACCCAUUCCUCCCUACCUGCACAUACCACUCUGCACCCACCUGUCCUUCCAGCUCCUCAACGCGCCUCUCCAGGUGCACGCACUGCUUCAGCACAGCGCCAUGGCAUGGGUGGUACCCCUUCCCCAAAACCCCGCCCACCCAUUCCUCCCUACCUGCACAUACCACUCUGCACCCACCUGUCCUUCCAGCUCCUCAACGCGCCUCUCAAGGUGCACGCACUGCUUCAGCACAGCGCCAUGGCAUGGGUGGUACCCCUUCCCCAAAACCCCGCCCACCCAUUCCUCCCUACCUGCACAUACCACUCUGCACCCACCUGUCCUUCCAGCUCCUCAACGCGCCUCUCAAG